UAUCUUCCAACAAGAACCAAUAAUACUCCAGAAAAUACUGUAUAAAAUAAUAAAAUAAUACUCCGUAAAAAAUAAAAAACCGUGUGAAGAGGGAAGACUGCAAGGUUUGAAAAGUGAUUUUUAAUAUUCUAAGAAAUGCAACUAGGACAACCUUGCUGGGUUGCCAGUCACCCAUUCAAUUCAGAGUUGUUGUCUAGCAAAACUGCAAACUCAUUUUUUGAUGAUUGGAGUAGCAAUUAGAAAUCAGAAAUCAGAAAUCAGAAAUCAGAAAUCAGCAAUCAGAAAUCAGCAAUCAGCAAUCAGCAAUGGAGCAACGAGUUUCCGCCCUUUGCUUUUCUCUCUGUCUCAUUUUGAUCUUCAAUUCUUUUCACUGUGCUUCUGCUAAUGUUGAAGUUGACUCUCUAUCUGCAUUCAAAUCCAAUUUGGUUGAUCCUGAUGGAAUGUUGAAUAAUUGGGAUACUACCCUUGUUACUCCCUGCACAUGGCAUUAUGUUCGUUGCAGCGGUGAAAGUGUCACUGAACUUGAUCUUGGAAGCUUUAACUUAACUGGUCAGCUUGUUCCACAACUUGGCCGUCUUUCAAAUCUCAGACAAUUGGCGCUUUACAACAAUAAUAUAAGUGGUACAAUACCACGUGAACUGGGCAAUUUGGCCAACUUACAGCGUUUGGAUCUCAGUUUGAACAGCCUUACUGGUCCUAUUCCAGAUACACUGGGAAAUCUACCUAGACUUCAAAACUUGAAGUUGAAUAACAACAGUUUGUCAGGUGAAAUACCUAGGUCACUGACAACCAUAUCAAGCCUGGAUACCCUUGAUUUGUCAUUCAACCAGCUAACUGGAGAUGUUCCUAUCAACGGAUCUUUUUCAAAGUUCACCAAUUCACCAAGUUUUGUUGGCAAUCUCAAUUUGAGGAUACCUGCAAUAAGUCAACCUCCGACAGCUCAAACAGGAAGAAGCAACUCUACCGGAGCGAUUGCUGGAGGAGUUGCUGGUGGUGUUGUUGUGCUCAUUGCUUUUGUAGUUACCCUUGUUUUGUGGACACGUAGGAAACGUCGAGAUCAUUUCAUAGAUGUUCCAGAUGAAAAGUUUCCAGAACUUCACCACGGACAAGCAAAAAAGUUUUCUUUCCAAGAAUUAGAAAUUGCAGCGGAUAAUUUUAGCAGGGGUAACUUCAUUGGUAAAGGUGGAUUUGCAAACGUUUACAAAGGACGCUUGGCUGAUGGUACUCUAGUGGCAAUUAAAAGACUUAAAAAAGAAUGUGCUCAAGGAGGAGAAGUCCAGUUUGAAACUGAGGUUGAAAUAAUUAGCAUGGCUAUUCAUCAUAAUUUGAUUCGGUUGUAUGGCUAUUGCACGACUCCAGAAGAAAGAUUGCUUGUUUAUCCUCUGAUGACUAAUGGAAGCGUAGCAUCUUGUUUGAGAGAGCGGUCUGCAACACAACCACCACUGACUUGGGAGAUCAGGAAGAGAAUUGCAGUGGGGGUUGCAAGAGGUCUUGUUUAUUUACAUGAGCAUUGUGACCCUAAAAUCAUCCAUCGUGAUGUAAAGACUGAUAACAUAUUCUUGGACGAAAAGUAUGAAGCAGUUGUUGGGGACUUUGGAUUGGCAAAACUUAUUGACUACAAACAUACUCAUGUCAUUACAAAAGUAUGUGGUACAGUUGGGCAUAUCGCUCCUGAAUAUUUCUCCACCGGAAAAUCUUCAGACAAAUCUGAUGUUUUUGGGUAUGGAGCCAUGCUUCUGGAAAUCCUCACAGGACACAGGGCAUCUCAUCUUCUCCCACCACCUAAUAAACAAGAUAUCACUUGGUUGGAAUGGGUUAAUGGAGCUUUGAAGGAUAAGAAACUGGAGUUAUUAGUUGACAGUCAUUUGAAGGGUAAUUAUGUAGAAGAUGAAGCUGAGCAGUUGGUGAAGAUUGCUUUGCUUUGUAGGCAAACUUCUCCAAUUGAACGCCCAAAGAUGUCCGAGGUGGUUAGAAUGCUUGAAGGUGAUGAUGGCUUGGCGGAGAGAUGGGUGAGAUGGGAAGAGGGGGAGUUGUUAUGUAAAAAAGUUAAAUACAUACACCAAUCUAACAUUGAUUGGGGUCUUGACUCUACUUCCAACCUCUCCGCUUAUGAAUUGUCCAAUGCUAGAUAAAUACAUUUCAAAAUGUUCUAAUACUCACACUAAUUGCGUAAUUUAAUUAACUAACAAUAUCAUAACUAGUCUUCCAGUUUUUUUUGAAUGCUCCUAUGUUAAUAUAUGUAUAUUCAUGCUCCUA